GAUAGAAGUGGGAUCGAGCUUCUGCGAUCGACUAACCUGGGCUUGGUUGAUCAGCAUAUGCUCCGCAUAUUAUCGUUGUUCUGGAUAUAUUUAUCAGGAUCGACCGGUUCAGAUUGAACGGUUUCUUACCGGAUUGAUCGAUCCCUUUGAGAGAAAAAAACUUUGAACUUUAAGUUUUUUUUGGAGAUUUUUAAUAUUUUUUUAAUUAUUUUAGUUAAAAUUAUAUUUUAAUAUUUAACAAUUGUUUUAUUAAUUGUAAUUUCGAAUUUUUUAAAUUGAAAUUAAGGACAAUAUUGCCAUUUUAAAAAUAUUUAGACUAAUAGGACAUAAAAUCUAUGAGAUUAGCCUAAUAAGAUAUAUUUAUUAUUUUUUUUGGCCUACAAAAAAAACAAUUUUCCCAACUACAAAAGCAAGCUAGUGAGAAUUUUUCGCUGAGUUUUUCUAAAUUCAUAAAUAUUAAAAUAAUGAAAAAAGAAGAGGGGAAAGUAAGAUAAAGUUUUUAAAAGAGUGUUAAAAAAAAGUUUUUAAAAGAGAAGUUGUACUAACAUUUGUCCAAAAAUGGUUCAUCAUUCAAGCACAAAAUAAAUCUUAAUUAAUUUUUUAUUAUUUUAAAAUCUUUUACUUUUUUUGAUUAAAUGCCUUUUUGUUUCAUAUAGAGGAUGUUUUGCCACACUGCACAUAUAUUAAAAAUUUUACUUUUGCAACAAAAAUCAUUGACAAAAUUAUUUAAAAUAAAAUUAGUUAAUUAUAAACAAAAUAGUAAAAUCAUAAUUGGUUACACAAUUUUUUAUAGUUAAAAUUAUCUACAUACUUAAAAACAUUUUUUUUUUCAUACUUAAAAACAUUAUCUGUUGUAUAACAACAAAAAUCACCUAAAACAACUAGGGGUAUUAUUUCGAGAACCUCACAGUUUGGUGAUUCGGAUUCUGCAAUGAUCAAGUUUAUACAUCUAAAAUCACUGUCUCCAUCAAUAAGACCAGUAGAUUACAGCUAAUUUCUUGAUUUACUUGAUUAUAUACACAAAUAUAGAAAGAACGAUUAAAAUAAUUAAGUCGGAGCCUCGCCUUACCUUCCUCUCAAGUUGUCAAUAUUUAGAUGGAGUGUUACAUCCACAUUCCUAACAGUUUCUCCUGCUUAUUUUAAUAUAUCACUGAACACAUCUUCUGAUCUUCAGACUAAUCAUCAUAUCAUCAUUAUAUUUGAAUAGCUCAAUAUGUACCACAUCCAUCAUUUAAAUUACUCUUUCUAACUCCUAUAUAUAUAAGAAGAGGCUCCCUUUAAAGUUUAAACCAAUACAAUAAAAUUAUAAUUAGCCAUGGAGAAGAAGACUAACCAAACAAUAUUCUCCAUAUUUUCUCUUCUUCUUCUCUUUUCUUCAUGUGUAUCUGCUCAGCUUCGGACAGGUUUCUACCAGAACUCAUGUCCGAACGUAGAAAGCAUUGUCCGUAAUGCCGUCCGUCAAAAAUUCCAGCAGACUUUUGUCACUGCUCCCGCCACUCUCCGCCUUUUCUUCCACGAUUGCUUCGUUCGCGGAUGUGAUGCUUCGAUAUUGAUAGCAUCUCCGUCGGAGAAAGACCAUCCAGACGACAUGUCAUUGGCCGGAGACGGAUUCGAUACGGUGGUGAAGGCGAAGCAGGCCGUUGAUAGAGAUCCUAAAUGCCGCAACAAAGUUUCAUGUGCUGACAUUUUGGCUCUCGCUACUCGUGAAGUCGUCGUUUUGACCGGAGGACCUAGCUACCCGGUGGAGCUAGGGAGGAGAGAUGGCAGAUUAUCUACGAAGGCAAGCGUUCAAAACAAUUUGCCACAGCCCGGUUUUAACCUAAACCAGCUCAACGCCAUGUUCAACCGUCACGGUCUCUCUCAAACCGACAUGAUCGCCCUCUCAGGAGCGCACACUCUCGGAUUCGCACAUUGUGGAAAAUUCUCAAACCGAAUUUACAAUUUUAGCCCUAGAACCCGUAUCGACCCGAGUUUGAACAGUGGCUACGCGCUUCAGCUUCGCCAGAUGUGCCCGCAACGUGUGGACCCACGUAUCGCGAUCAACAUGGACCCGACCACGCCACGUACAUUCGACAACGCUUACUUCAAGAACCUUCAACAAGGAAAGGGUCUUUUCACGUCUGAUCAAGUAUUGUUUACAGACCAACGGUCUAGAGCUACGGUUAACUCGUUUGCCAACAGUGAAACUGCAUUUAGGCAAGCUUUUGUCUCAGCCAUCACGAAGUUGGGUCGUGUUGGGGUUAAGACUGGUAAUGCUGGUGAGAUUCGAAGGGAUUGUUCACGUUUCAAUUAGUUUGAUUUGAUGGGUUUUAUCUUUUAUUCCUUAAGAAGAUUUCGUAUUUUUCUUCUUAAUAAUAAAAUAAAAUUUCGCAUUGUUUUCAAUAAUAAGUUCAAAAGUAUCGAAAAUGGAAACGUAAAUUAAAUAAUAAGAUGGUUUUAUUUCGUUUCUCU